UUAAUGACUAGUUUAUGGAUUUCCGUAGAGAUGUCAGAGAGACAAGAGAUGGCAGCGAGACAGGUUAUCUGCAAAAGCAGCAGUAAGCAACAACAACAACAGAACCAUUAGUUUUAUUUUAUCCAUCUCUUACACACAAGAACAAGAUUCUGUAACCUAACCUAAUGGUUCCACUUCCUCUAACAAAAAAUAAAUAAAUAAAUAUACCUACUCUUUCUCUCUAGUACUAGUACUUCUUUAUAUUUAUACUCCACCAACACCUAAACUAUUCUAUUAUUACCCUUCUCUUCUCUUCUUGUGCUUGAUAAUAAUAAUAAUAAUAAUAAUGAACAAGAACAAGUUUCCUUUUACUCCUUCACAAUGGCAAGAACUUGAACAUCAAGCUCUUAUUUACAAGUACAUGGCUUCUGGUAUAUCUAUUCCACCUGAUCUUCUUUUUACCAUAAGAAAAAGCUAUUUGGAUUCUCCUCUUUCUUCAAGACUUUUUCCUAGUCAACAACACCAACACUUUGGAUGGAACUAUCUGCAAAUGGGUUUAGGAAGAAAAAUAGAUCCAGAGCCAGGUAGAUGUAGAAGAACAGAUGGAAAAAAAUGGAGAUGCUCAAAAGAAGCAUAUCCAGAUUCUAAAUACUGUGAAAGACACAUGCAUAGAGGAAAAAACCGUUCAAGAAAGCCUGUGGAAGUUGUUAAAACAGCAACAACAAAUACAAAUAAUAUUAAUAAUGCUUCAUCACUUACCAAAAAUAGCCCUGCAUCAUUAACUAAUUCUUCUUCUUCUUUGUCUUUUGAGACACAACAACAUCACCAAAACUAUCCUCAAAAUUCUUGCUAUGCUUCUAAUUUGCAACAGUCCUUUAUGUAUCCUCAUACAACUUCAAGGUCAACUUUGUCAUCUGGUAUUGGUUUGUCUUUUGAAGACAAUAGUGCUCCCUUGUUUCUUGACAGUAACACUUGCUCUCAGAAUAACACUGAUUACAGGAACAGGUAUGUGUAUGGACAAAAAGAAGAGGUUGAUGAGUAUGCAUUCUUCAAAGAACCUUCUGGUAGCAGUACUAUGAAAAGCUUCUCUACUUCAUCAAUGGAACAUGAUCCUUGGCAACUAACACCACUUACUAUGAGUUCUUCCUCAUCAUCUUCUACUUCUUUGAGACAGAGGAGCUAUUCGGCGUUGUCCAAUGAUUACUCUUGCUUGCAACUUCAGAGCCUUAGUGAACACUCAAAGCAAGAUGAACCUCAGAAAACUGUUCAUCGCUUCUUUGAUGAAUGGCCACAUAAAGGGAGAGAUCAAUGGCUUGAUUUGGAUGAUAAAUCAUCUACUACUCAAUUAUCAAUUUCUAUUCCAUCCUCUACUCAUAAUUUUCCAACUUUCACUUCAAGAAAUCACCAUGAUGGUUGAGCAAAGUUUUCAAUAAUGUGUGUCCAUGUACCUGAAUCAAAGGGCAAUAAUGCAUCUACAAGGUGGGGUUCAGAAGCAAUGGUUUUGUCACAAAAGGAAGUUCCAAUGGAUUUGUGUGUCCAUGAGAUGUAAUGACAAUGUGUAGUCUUGUGUGCUAAUAUAUUUUCUAUGUUUGGUUCUUACUUCCAAAAAUAGUAUGAAACUCUAUGUGACAUCACCUAAUCAUUUUAAUGGUUGGACUAAUAUUCACUAGCACAUAUGUUUUCUUGUUUUCCUUCAUCCUUUAUGUUGUUUCCUUCAAAAUAUAAAAUUCGGUGCAUUAUGGCCCCAUUAAUUGAGUUUGUCACUUCUGGACGAUC